AUGGUGCUUGUCACCCACACAGUGUCGCAGGGCUUCACAGACCCCACCCCUGUACACCUUGGUCCUCAGGAGGCAGCUCCUUCUACCUGGAGGGAUGACAAAGAAGACUUUGCCCAGAAGCUCGGGUCUCACUGUUCAUGGGGCUUCUUCCGGCAGUGGGGGCUGUUUCCUGUUUGUGGCUCUGUGCAAGGCCAUGGCAGGCCUGAAAAGGCUGAAAAAGGCUCUGUGGGUCACCUAGGCCUAACGAGAUUCCCCACAGAUGAUGAAGGGUGUGCCCAGAACUGUGAUUGUGCCCUGGGAUCUGCACCCUCUGACAAUGAGACCAGUCUCCCCAGGGCACUGCUCCCCAUGCCUGACACUGGUCCAGCCCAGGGCCCUUAUGGCCUGUGGCCUGGCUUCCCUACCAGCUCAGCCUGUGCCUCCCCACAUCUCAGGUUCAUGGAGUUUGAGGCUGCUGAAAAGAUGGAACAUCCCGGGUUGCAGUUGACUGGAGGACUUCCGGGCCAGUCAAUUCCAGCCCCACUGAGGCCCGAAACUCCAAGGCCCUCAAUGCCUAAGGUUGUCCAACAACCAGGCACAUCAGGAUCUCCGCAGGCAUCGUCCACACCCCCCGGAGCUGCAGCCCCUCAAGCAACCAUAGCCGCACAGGCCGAGCAUGGCAGGCCGCGCACCCUAGGGCCUAGCGCGUCCCCUUCUUUGGAUACUUUCAAAAAGUUGCUCAUUACAGACCUUUUACCAGAUAAUUGGAAACCGCGAGUUUUCAGCCAACAUCCUUUCAACAAACUGGAACAGUUGUCCAGUGGCAACAAGGACUCGAGAGGUAGAAGGCUAAUAUGGUAUUUUGAACACCAGCUGAAACACUUAGUAGCUGAAUUUGUGCAGAUCUUAGAAACUUUAAGUCAGGAUUCUUUGGCAGCCAGUAAAACUCUGGCCCUCGCAGCAGCUCAUGAGCUACUCUGUAACAAGCCUGAAGAUGAAAAGGCUCUUCUUGUGCAGGUGGGUGGGGAUGACAAAAUGAGGGAGCAGGUGGACACGUUGUUCAAAGUGUUGCAUAUUGUAAAUUUUAAUACUAGUGUUCAGGCUUUGAUGUUGCUUUUCCAAGUAAUGAAUUCUCAGCAGAUGCUAUCGGAUCGAUAUUAUUCAGCAUUAUAUAGAAAGAUGUUGGAUCCAGGGUUGUGUUCCAAGCAAGCUAUGUUUCUUAACCUUGUCUACAAAUCUCUGAAAGCAGACAUCAUCUUGCACCAGGCGAAAGCUUUUGUGAAGAGGUUGCUUCAAGUUACUUGUACACAGAUGCCACCGUUCAUACGUGGAGCUCUGUAUCUUGUGUCUGAGAUCCUUAAAGCAAAACCAGAUUUAAGAAGUCAACUAGACGAUCAUGUGGAGACUGACGAUGAAGAAAAAUUUGUUGACACAGGACAUGAUGAGGACACAGAACAAUUCACUGAUGCAGACGAAGAAACAGAAAUAGAUACAGUGCAAAAAGUUGACCCAGAGGAAACUGGGUCUGACACAAAAACCAAAAACCCAAAGACUGCUUCCUGGGUACAUAUGGAUAAUUUGAGAGGUGUCAAACAGCUGAAUACUUAUGAUCCACUCAGUAGAAACCCUUUGUUCUGUGGAGCUGAAAAUAUAAGUCUUUGGGAACUCAAAAAGCUAUCUGAGCAUUUUCAUCCCUCUGUAGCCCUUUUUGCAAAGACUAUCCUUCAGGGAAAUUAUAUUCAGCAUUCAGGGGACCCACUGCAUGAUUUCACCCGAAAUCCAAAGCCACAUAAAGGCAAAGAAAAUACUGACAGUGUUGUGAUGCAGCUGAAAGGGAAACUUUUUAUAAAGGAUAUCCGCAGUCUUGCUGUGAAUAGUAAGGAGUUCCUUGCAAAAGAAGAAAGCCAGAUACCAGUGGAUGAAGUGUUUUUCCAUACGUAUUAUAAAAUUGCUGUUAUAAAAGAGAAACAAAAAUGGAAUGCAGAUGAAGAAAGUAUAGGAGAUGUGGAUGAUGAGGAAUUUGAAAAGAUGAUUGACACAUUUGAAGGUGAUAACUAUUAUAUUGGUGGAAAGGAUGACCUUGAUUUUGUAAGCAAUGUGAAAAAGAAAACAAAAAGAGCUAAGGAUAACUGUGAAGAAGAAGAUUCAGAGGGUAGCGAUGAUGAAUUUGCUAACUUGGAUGAUGAAGAAGUUUCUUUAGAAAGUAUGGACGAAGAAUUUGCUGAACUUGAUGAAGAUGGAGGAACACUCAUGGAUGUAUCAGAUGAUGAAAGUGAAGGCAUUCCAGAACUUGAUGAAGUCAACUCCAAAGACAGUGCUAAGAGAAAUAAAAGAAGAGGUACUGGCGAUUUUGACCUAUGUCAAAGAAGAUGUGAACCCUUUUCAUCCAAGGAUAUUUUCUAA